CAAAAGGAAACCUUCAGGAGCUCUUCCUAAGUAUGAAGGUCUCUCUCAGAGCCUGCACAGGUCCCGCAUCGUGGGCGUGUUCAAGUACAUUCCUGAAUCUUGGGAUUUUUAUCCUUAUAAUUUUUGUGAGCGAGAAAUUCAUGGAUCUUUCCCAUGUCGAGCGUUUUGGUGACAUAGAUACAUCUUCUGUCAAAAGCUCGCAAAGCCUGUACGAGCGAAUGCAAGCAGUGGAGGAGAACAUGAAAGUUCUCCAGAAAAGGUUCUGGCAGGAGCCGCUCGAGCCUAUUUGGCAAUACCGAGGAAAGUACUAUCUCGGCAAGACCAAUGAUAUCGAAGACAAAGACCAAGUGACUCCGUUUUUCCUUGCAAACUUCGUCAAUGCCUCUGAUCCGGCCGUGUACAAGCGUAAAAUAUACAUUGACUUGGGGAUCAAAGAUUUCUACAGCAGUUUGUGCUGGAUUAUGCAGAAUUAUCCGGUGAAGUUUGACGCCAUACAUGGCUUUGAGUGCGCGAGUGAUCUCAGCAAUGUAGCAGCCCUCAGCAGUCAAAUUGACGCGUGUGUCCGUGGAACGGCGGCUGAUUUGAAACAAGGCUACACACCCGAAGGUGUCAAGGAAAUACUUCACAUCUAUUAUAACUACAUUGGUACCGACGAGAAUCCAGCAACGCAACCACCGACGCGUGGUCUGAGUCAGGUCAUGAAGGACUUGAAUAUCGAGAAGGAUGACUACGUGGUGGUAAAGAUGGACGUGGAAGAGAUGGAGUACGCGCUUUUAGACAAGAUUAUUGCUGAUGGCACCUAUAAGCUGAUUGACGAGAUGUUUGUCGAAAUCCAUUACAACCAUCCAGAGAUGCACAAGUUUGGUUGGCAAAUGUUUCAUAAAUCACGAAACGACGCGCAAGCACUCUUCACGAAAGCAAGGGACGUAGGCAUGUACAUCCAUCCUUGGCCCUGAAGAAAAGGCAUCUGCGGUUACCGAUCGUCCUUGUAACCAACGACAUAGUAUUGCUCGGCACCACCCUGUACUAUUGAGCUUACCUGCUGUGUGCACCGAGAGCAGUAUGCAGGGGCACUACACUAGGGAGUAUGGCGUAUACAACUCUUAGUUUUGCUUCACUUUUGCUACAACGGCGAGAACAAAAAGGAACUAAUAUCCUGGAAAACCGAUUAAAGUGUACCAAAUAUGUUCAACUGGAUAAACUUAGGGGCAUAACGAAGGAAUUGGUGAGACAUCUUCCACAUGACUGAAGGGAACUCAUAGACAUCUUGGAAAGCUUUGCAUGGUGUACUGGCAUAGUGAGC